AUGCCUCACAAACACACCCGCCGGGAGCGGGAUCCAUCCGCCUUUGAUCUCCCGCCGACCGAAAUAGCACGUCCUCUCCCCGUGAACAAGUCCUCUCGGGGCGAGACGGCCCCGCCGAAAAAGGGCUCCAAGGCGGCAACGGCAGCAGCAGCGGCAGCGGCAGCAGUCAGCACUUCGCGGGGGACGAAGCGGAAGCGAGCAGCAGCAGCAGCAGCAGCGAGCAAGGACGAUGCGCCACGGGCUUUCAGACGGCUGAUGGCGGUGGCUGGUGGCAAGAGGGUGCGAUCGGGGCUGGACGACGGUGCGAUCGAGGCUGCCAAGCAGGCCAAGAAGAGCAAGAAGGAGAAGAAGGCGGCAGCAGCAGCGGCAGCAGCAGCAGAAGCGGCCGAGGAGGGCGACGUGUCUACAGGUGCAGCCAAGGCAUCAGCAGCAGCUGCAGCAGCAGCAGCCACAGUAGCGGCCGAUGCCCCGGAGCCGCUCAAGAUCCGGCCGGGCGAGCGGAUGUCCGACUUUGCGGCGCGCGUGGACGCGGCACUACCGAUCAGCGGACUCGUGCCCAAAGGCAAGGCGGCCAGCGACCCGCUGGGGCUGGAGAAGGCUUUCCGGACGAAGAAGGAGCGCAAGAUGCACAAGCUGUACGCGGAGUGGCACGAAGAGGAGCGGCGGCUGCAGGAGCGGCGGGCCGAGGAGCAGGACCUGGCCGAGGAGCGCGAGAUGGAGCUGGACGAGAGCGUCGGUGUCAAGUGGCGCCUGGACCUGCAGCAGUCGGUCAAGAAGGCUCAGCAGGCGGCCGGCGGUGGCGGCGGCAGUGGCAGCAACAGCAAGCUAGACGACGACAUGUGGGCGGAGCUCAACCGCAAGCGGGCCGCCACCGCUGCCAAGGCCGUUCGCGCCGGCAUCCACGACGUCGUCACGGCGCCGCCACAGCUGACCAAGAUCAACAGCGAAAAGGUCGUGCUCGACGACGUGCCCCGGUCGGUCGUCGACCCGGUCGCACGCCGCGAACUGCUGGCCCAACGACAGGACGUGCUGCUGUCGUACCGCAAGGCGUCAGAGGUGCGGCGACUGCAGCACCAGAAGCAGCACCAGAAGCCACAGAAGCCGCAGAGGCGGGAAAAGUGA